AUGAGUUCAAAAUAUUUUCAAGAUGUAUACAUUCCACGGUACUUAACCAAAACCAAAAACAAAAGAAAAAUGAAGAGACAUCUCAACGACGUCGUCUUAGUGUUUCUCGUUUUUAUCUUCGGCGUGAAAUUGGGGAAGGGACAGAAUACGACAAUCCAAGUAAUUAAUGUUGGGGUUGUGACUGAUGUUGGGACAACUGCCUCCAACUUGAGCUUGCUCGCCAUUAACAUGUCUCUCUCAGACUUUUACUCUUCUCGUCCAGAAUCUCGGACCAGGCUUCUUCUUAACUUUGCCGACUCUAGAGACGAUGUUGUUGGCGCUGCAGCGGCUGCUCUUGAUCUUAUAAAGAACAAGGAAGUGAAAGCAAUUCUGGGGCCAAGAACGACGAUGCAAGCUUCUUUCGUGAUCGAGGUAGGCCAAAAAUCUCAGGUGCCAAUUAUUUCAUUUUCUGCAACGAGCCCUUUCCUUGACUCUGGCCGUAGUCCAUACUUCUUUCGCUCUACUUACGACGACUCAUCACAAGUGCAAGCCAUAAGUGAGAUCAUAAAGGUGUUUGGUUGGAGAGAGGUCGUACCUGUGUAUGAGAACAAUGCGUUUGGAGAAGGUAUAAUGCCUGGUCUUACUGAUGCAUUACAAGCGAUUAACAUCCGUAUACCUUAUAGGACGGUGAUUUCUCCCAAUGCAACGGAUGAUGAAAUCUCUGUGGACCUUCUCAAAUUGAUGACCAAACCAACCAGAGUGUUUGUAGUUCAUAUGAAUCGGUUCCUUGCUUCAAGAGUGUUUUCAAAAGCCAGGGAAACUGGUCUAAUGAAACAAGGGUAUGCCUGGAUCCUCACUAAUGGAGUUAUAGAUCAUCUGGUUUUGAUGAAUGGAACAGAUAUUGAAGCAAUGCAAGGGGUAAUAGGCAUAAGGACUCACUUUCCAAUAUCGGAAGAGCUUCAAACAUUUAGAUCAAGAUUGGCAAAGGCAUUCCCAGUUUCGGAGUUGAACAUCUACGGAUUGAGGGCUUACGAUGCUACCACCGCACUGGCAAUGGCUGUUGAAGAAGCAGGAACAACUAACUUGACUUUCAGCAAAAUGGAUGGAAGAAACAUAUCUGACCUGGAAGCACUUAGUGUCUCAGAAUAUGGUCCAAAGCUUAUCCGCUCGCUUUCCCAGAUUCAGUUCAAAGGACUUUCUGGUGAUUACCAUUUCGUUGAUGGACAACUGCAUGCAUCCGUGUUUGAGAUUGUCAAUGUGAUAGACGGUGGAGGAAUAUUGGUAGGAUUCUGGACGCAAGAUAAAGGACUGGUAAAAGAUUUGAGUCCAAGUUCAGGAACUACACGUACUUUCUCUAGUUGGAAGAAUCAUCUUAACCCGAUCUUAUGGCCUGGGAUUACCUUAACUGUUCCAAAGGGGUGGGAGAUCCCAACAAACGGGAAAGAGCUGCAAAUUGGUGUUCCUGUUGGUACUUUCCCUCAGUUUGUAAAGGUUACAACGGAUCCUCUAACCCAUGAAACCAUAGUAACAGGGUUUUGCAUCGACUUCUUUGAGGCUGUAAUUCAAGCAAUGCCGUAUGAUGUCUCCCACAGAUUCAUUCCUUUUGGAGAUGAUGAUGGAAAAACUAACGAUACGACGAUAUUGGCAAAUAGAUCAUCCUAUGUUGAUUUCACUUUGCCAUACACAACAUCGGGCGUGGGGAUGGUUGUCCCUCUAAAAGAUAACGUGGCAAGAAGCAGUUUGAUCUUUUUUAAACCUUUGACACCGGGGCUUUGGGGGAUGACCCUUGGUUCUUUUUUUGUUGUUGGUUUUGUUGUGUGGAUUCUUGAACAUAGGGUGAACUCUGAAUUCACUGGACCUCCCCAGUACCAGAUCAGCACUAUGUUCUGGUUUGCCUUCUCCAUCAUGGUUUUUGCACCCAGAGAAAGAGUAAUGAGCUUUACAGCAAGGGUUGUGGUUAUCACUUGGUACUUCAUUGUUCUUGUGCUGACUCAGAGUUAUACUGCCAGUUUGUCAUCGCUUCUCACAACACAACAGCUCAAUCCAACUGAAACGAGCAUCAAGAACGUGCUUGCAAAAGGAGGACCUGUGGCAUAUCAGAGAGAUUCAUUCGUACUGGGGAAACUGAGAGAAUCGGGCUUCCCUGAGUCCAGACUCGUGCCAUUUACCUCUCCAGAGAAAUGUGAAGAACUUCUGAACAAGGGACCAUCAAAGGGUGGUGUUUCUGCAGCCUUCAUGGAAGUACCAUACGUGAGAGUUUUUCUUGGACAAUAUUGCAAGAAAUAUAAAAUGGUGGAGGUGCCAUUUGAUGUUGACGGGUUUGGCUUUGUCUUCCCAAUUGGAUCGCCUCUAGUAGCCGAUGUAUCAAGGGCCAUUUUGAAAGUGGCAGAGUCUAACAAAGCAACUCAACUUGAAACUGCGUGGUUCAAGAACAUAGACAAAACUUGUCCUGAUCCAAUGAACAACCCUGACCCAAACCCAACAGUCUCCUUCCGAAAGCUCAGCCUCGAUAGUUUCUUGCUUCUAUUUGUUGCUGCAGCCACUGUCUGUACCCUUGCCUUGUUGAAGUUUGUGAUCUGUUUCUUGAUUCAGAAUCGGAUUAUUUUGAAUGACGAAUUCUACCGUGGCAAACGAAUGAAGGAGAUGUGGUUAAAGUUCAUGGAAAGUGAUGGUGAAUCAUACAUUAGCCGUGUGAGAUCAACAUGUCCUCAGGUGUUAAUACAACCCAGGGAAGAGGACAUUGAUCCCAUUAACGGCUAA